AUGUCCGAACCCAGCAAGACAGGAGGCCUCCCACUGGAUCCCACUACCACCAACCCACCACAACUCCAAGGCACCACCACGACUCCUCCACCAACCUCUCUACACAUCCAACACUACAACACGCUGUCGACCAACAACCGUCCCAAGGUCCCGAAAAAGACUAGCCCUCGCCGUCGCCUUGUGACUAACCACCACGACGAACCAUCACUCCCCCACAUUAGCUCCUCUCGUUCUGAGCAACAGUCAACUGCCAGUCCUACCGACAUGGCGUCUCACAUGCCGCCUGUUCACUACACCAAAACCGGUCGUGUCAGUAAAGCGAAGAAAGGUUUGAAGGUGCACAAAUGUGACGUCUGUGGCAAGUCUUACACACGCGCUGAGCAUCUAAGGCGACACAAAAGGAACCAUGCGCCAGACGACGCACUGGUCUGUGAAGUGUCUGGAUGUGGCAAGAUGUUCCACCGCAUGGAUCUUCUUGUCCGGCAUCAGGAGCGGCACAACGAAAUGGGACAUGAUUCGGGCCGUCAAAGCCCAGCGCAGUCUCCAGUUCCCAUGACCGUCUCAACCCCCGCUCUCGAGCCUUCCAUGCUGAGCGCUGCAACCGCUUUGCCAGCCCACCCAUACUAUCAGCCCGUCUCUCCUGCACUUGAGUCGGCGCCGCUUCCAAGGUAUAAUUACGCUCAGUUUCGUACUCCUCGAACGCCUCAGACUUUUUCGUCAAAUUUCAAUGUUCCUCGUUCUUCUCCACAGUCCGUUUUCAGCCCCAACCAAUCUAAACACCGUGGUCUGCAAUUUAGUCGCCAGCUGGGGCCGGCCUCAGUGCCCGUCGAUGUUCCAAGCCUCUGGCCUGAACCAUACAGCCCUAACCCUGGGUACUCGUCGUCUAGUGGUUACGUAUCGCCGAUUGCACCGACCGACUAUCCAGUAUUUAGCAACACACCUUACCACCGAACACGCACUCCUUCAAACGCAUCAUGCAUCGAUCAGCCUGGGUGGUCGUUUCCAUCACGGUCCCCUGCUUCCACGACUUCGACCAUGGCCUUUACUUGGCCUUCGACAGAAAAGGGGCACACUGCUCCGGGCCUUGCAUACAUGCAUACUACUUGCCCAAUGACUAGCAUGUCGAUGACUAGUAGCUUCGACGGAAUGCCUGACUUCGGCCACUUUGGCGCAAAGAGCAUGGCGCAGAGAGAUGAAGAGGAGGCGGCAAUUAUUUUUGGAGAUCAACAAUACGGUAUGCCUUCGAUCGACAACACCUAUCCGUUUGAGCAAUGUCUUGACAGUUACUCGAGGCUCUUUCAUCCCGCUUUCCCCGUCGUCCAUCGAUCUGCCCCUGUGAGCUCAUCGCCAAUGCUGUACGCAGCCAUGGCAGCCAUCGGGGGUCAGUUUUCGCACGAUACGAACAUCAAGAAGCAGUCCCGAGACCUUCACGACCGGUGUGUUAAAUUGCUUGAACGGCGCGACUAUGAGGCCAUGACCGAGGCCGACCGACUAUGCGACUUUCAAGCAAUGUUUCUUGUUGAGGUCAUGUCGCAAUACCGUGCCCGUCGAGCUGGCAAAGUCUUGUCAUCUCGAUUCGAAAAGGUCUAUCACAGAGCUGCCGAUGACUGUAGAUCCACUACGCUGUUAUUAGGUGACAUUUUGUCUUCUCUCAACCAACUCGGAGAUGUAACGCCAGAGCUCUGGCAUCAAUGGAUCGAGCUGGCGUCCUGGCAACGCCUGCUCCUGUCUUGUUACAUCCUCGAGUCUCAACAGGCCAUACUACUCGCUCGCAAACCUCUUCCUUCACUUUUCCAAGGCACAGCCUUUGAUCUGCCCUUUCCCGCGCACGUCUCGCUAUGGGAUGCCACUGAUUUUCCAUCAUGGGUAGCAGCAGCUCGGCAACAUUCAUACACUCCUACAUACGUUUACGAGAUAACACCAGACUCAACUUCCGUCUCUCUCGACAGUUUUCAGUCGGCUGUCCUGCUGGCCUCUCAGUACCAGUGCCCUAAAAACUCUUCGUACAUUUCAUUACCAACAGCCUCAGACAUGGAGCACCUUUUUUCUACGACGCCCGCCACCGCGCGGACACUUUCUACAUCCAAACUCGUGCAGGUGACGCCUCUUCGUGCACUGCUAGCCGUCGCAGGCGAGUCUUGGAUUCUUUCCGAAAAGGUCGAAACAGCGCAACUGUUCACCACACUAAAACGGACUCUUCGAACAUGGGUGUCUCAGCUCUGGUCUCCUCCUGCUCCGGACGCCGUACCAGUCAAAGAAGCCGUGCGGCUGUCGAUUGAGAUUCUGCAGCAGGCACUCCAGGAGCAGAGACUGAGUGUAUUACCAGAGAUUGGGACAGAUAUGGGCAUAUUCUUCGCGGCUUUGGUAUUAUGGGCUGCCACGUGCCAAUCCGAUGCCCUACCUAGCUCCAGCUCGACGAACAAGGCUCCUCAAGCAGCGCCAUGUGAUCAAGCGCCCGAUCGACCUUCUACGCGCACAACUGCCGGAUGUGUCUAUCAAAGCAACGCCGGCGGGCCACCAUCUCCCAUCAUCGAAGCCACACCCGAAAAUCCCAUUCUAUCACAUGCGCAAAUCACCAUCAACACUAUCUCAUUCCUCAACUCCGCGCAGCUUACUUAUUCCAAUGCCGCAACCACGACAUUAUCUACAGCCGACCAUUUGCGUCAUCAAACCGGCUGCAUAAGUCUCCUUCUUUGGGUGAAACUGCGCCUACGCGGUGUUUCUCUCGAGGAUCAGCACGUCGCUUCCGAUACUUGGCCAUCUCAGCCUGGCGAGAGCCUUGGCGAACUUCUUGAUGGAGUUGUAGGAUCGCUUGAGCGCAUCUUGAGUCGUGGGUGGAGUGGAUGGGGUAUUUGA